AUGAACCCAUCAACCAACUCACCAUUGAUCAUCUCAACUCAAGCUCAACAAUCUCAUUUAACUAAUCUCGAUUUAUCUGUCUUGAGAACUUAUGCUGCUAGAUCUUUAACCGAUCAACUCGAUGCUAUCAUCGGUCCUAAAACUAUCAUCAUCGAUCCUAGUCUUGCUGGUCCAUUAGGAUUAGUAACCGAAGUUAGUAAUCUAAAAGAACAUGGUGUAGAUAAACUGUUUUGGCUUGAACCUGGUCCUUUGGGUAAUGCUGGAUCAUUGAAGAAUGUAGUGUGGGUCUGUAAACCUACUAUCAAAGCUAUGAAAGUCAUUGCCGAACAGAUUCUAUCAAUCCCAUCUGGCGCAUCACACACCUUUACAAUCUUUAUGGCUCCUAGAGCUAUUCAGAUUUGUAGAAACGCUUUAACUGAAGCUAAUGUGAUUGGUAGUGUUGAUAUUCGAGAUUUCGAUCUUGGUUUUGUGGCUCUAGAAAAAGAUUUAUUAAGUUUAGAAGAAGAUUUUGGUGGUUAUAGUCAAAUCUUUGCUGAUGGAGAUUUGAAUCCUAUUUUCAAUAUGGCAAAGGCUGUGAUGACUAUUCAACGGGCUUUUGGUUUGAUUCCUAGGUUGAUUGGAAAAGGUGUAGCUGCCAGGAAACUUACCAAUUUACUACACCGACUCAGAUCCGAAUACGUCAUGGAUCCUGGUCAUGGUACCACUAUUCCCAAGUUGACGGUUGGGUCGAUUGAUACGAUGAUCAUUAUUGAUAGACAGAUUGAUAUGGCUACUCCUAUGUGCACACAACUCACUUAUGAGGGUCUACUGGACGAGGUAUUUGGUAUUGAACAUGCUCAUAUCGAAGUCUCACCAGAGCUCUUAGCGCCUUCGACUCCAAUCGCUGGCAACACUGCUCACUCAAUCCCAUCCUCAUCUACCUCUCAAACCUUUCCUCCUACAAAACGAAAAAAACAUCUAUUGUCUUCGACUUCGGACCCACUGUUUCCUGAAUUACGUGAUCGAAAUUUCGCCCUUGUCGGCACUACUUUGAAUCGGAUUGCCAAACGUAUAAAUGCUGAUUACGAGCGUAGGAAUGAAGCUAGAACAGUGAAACAGAUCAGGGACUUUGUUGGUAGAUUGGCUGGCUUACAAAAUGAACAUCAAGCUUUAAGGUUACACACUGGACUGAGUGAACAGAUCAUGACCACAACCACGAGUGAUGAGUUCAACGUCACACUGGAAAUCCAACAAAAUCUGGUAGCAGGGUUAGACCUUUCAGGACAAGAAAAAGCUAUUAGUCAACUUAUUGAUCAAGAAGCUCCACUCCAUACGAUUCUUAGAUUGCUUUGUCUGUAUUCUAUUGUAUCAGGUGGAAUUAAACCUAAAAUAUUAGAAGGUUUCAAACGAGAUAUUCUUCAGGCAUAUGGUUACCAUCAUUUAAACCUACUGAUCAAACUAUCUUCACUAAACUUACUUUCAUCACCGCCCACAAGUGCAUCAACCAACAAAACCUUUUCAUCAAGCAUAGUAACCUCUGCAACCAACUCGAUGAUGACCGGAAUGAUUGGAGGCAAAUCACCAUUUUCGAAUGCCAGAAAACCGAUGAAAUUGAUCAUAGAUGAUAUAGAUGAACAUGAUCCAAGUGAUAUUAGUUAUGCUUAUUCAGGUUAUGCUCCUUUGAGUGUAAGGAUCAUUCAAUCAGUUCUUUCUUCUAAUUUUCAAACUACAAGUGAUCUUAAUGGUUGGAAAGGUUCAGUUGAAGAAGUUUUGAAAGGAUUUGGGGGUGAAAUGUUUGAUGAAUAUCAAAUUGGUUCUAAUGGAGAAACAAUUGAUGGUAAUCAAAAACAAUUAACUGGUUCAAAUGAUUUACAUUCAUCUGCUAUCACACCUAAAACUUGUAUUGUAUGUUUUUUAGGAGGAGUAACUUAUUCUGAGAUAUCUGCAUUAAGGUUUGCAUUUGAAGAGUUUAAUGAAAAGAAGUAUAAAAAGAAAUCUAGGAUGAAUGAACAAGGAGGAAUGGGGAUUGGGAUGGGAAAUGAAAGUGGUAGGAAAUUGAUUGUGCUGACGACUGGGAUCAUUAAUGGGAAUUCGGUUUUGAAUUCGUUGAUGCCUUUUGAUACUAGAGUUUGA